AUGGCACCAUUUCAAUUUGAGGAGCCCUCUGAUAUCGUACGACGAGACAUGGCGAUAGCGUGGUCGCCGUUGGUGCUCCCCGCACUAUCGAUAAUCGAAAUGCUCGUCGGAAUGGUCUGCUGGUAUUCGAGUAAAACCAGGCGGGGGAAUGGUGCUUGGAUGGCAAUCUAUUCGGCCGUGUUACUGAGCUUCGGAAUUGGUCUUUCCGCAUGGAUAUUUCGAAAGCGGCCUUCGACGAACGAGACCAGGUCUGCAAAUGAAGAAAAGGUCCCGCCGGCCGAAGUGACCCCCAACUCAAAGGCGGUAGUUCCUGAACCAGAGGGAAUGACAGCAGCGAAAUGA